GUAUUCGGUGGUGCCGUCUGUGUGUCUCUGAAUGGGCCAAUUCUCGCUCCACAGCCAGUUGGAAUUCUUUGUGAAAGUCCGUGGCCCGAAAGAGAGUGUACGAAUGGUUUGUGUUGCAAAAAUCGUGCCAGUCGCAUUCGCAGAAAGUAUCCCAGUGGACGACACGUUGGCAUUUGUGGUCAGACAGCGUGUCCGGGAGUGAUUUCUCGUGAUUCCAAGCAGUGUGUGUGGGAAGACUCCUUUUUUUUGUGUGUCAGCCAGCGACCCCCAAAUCGAGGACGAGGCAUACGUUGAAAGAAUAAAAAAAACACGGUGAUGGCAAGGAGUCAAAUGCUGUCGAUCUGUGCAGUGGAGUGUGAGAAGAAAAUCGAUUAUUGGCCGUAAGAGCUGAUGCUGAAAUAUGGGACUCGUGAGGAUUGUACGGAGAUGCCGAAUGCCACGGUGGUCUGCUAUACUCGUGCCCUUUCUCAUCUAUGCCAUUUUCAUCAUUGUCGUGCUGAAUUUUUCAUUCCCACACCGGAAGCGCACUGAGGAAGUAACAACGGACUACGUGUCGACCGUUGGCAAGGGCCCAGAGACCAUCAUUCUCGCCAGUGCAGACACAGAUGGAACAAAUCUCCUCCGUAGUACCUUCAGGAAGACUGAUUUGGAUGCCGAUGGACUCCUGACAAUUCAGGAGUUGGCAAAAUUUAUUAAUGGGCGCGUCAGGGAGCACAUUCAGGCAGCUGUUAGGGCGAACCCCUUUGCCUUUGCUGAAAUUGAUCUCUCCCCGCGCGAUGGACUUGUAACGUGGGAAGAGUAUCAUGCGCACUUCCUCAAAGAGCACGGACUCGAUGAGGAUUACAUUGGAUCCCACAAUGAGCAGAAGCACGUGGGAUUGGAUAGGAAAACCAAAGAAACAAUAAUGAGAGACAAAGCUCUGUGGUUGGAAGCAGCCAGAACGGAUCCUUUUAGUUUAACACUUGAUGAAUUUCUUGCCUUUCGGCAUCCAGAAUCAAGUGCAGCAAAUCUCCUGAGUCUCGUGGAUGAUUUGUUGCGACAAUUUGAUCUCGAUGGGGACGAUGUGCUCACAAUGGAGGAAUUCAGUACAAAUCCCGAUGAGGAGGAGGAUGCCAAGAUUGCAAAUUCGGCAUCCCAUCGAAAGAGUGUGGCUGAGAAACAGGAAGAAUUUCGGCGAUUAAUUGACAAGAACGGCGAUGGGCGAGCAGAUCGUGGAGAAUUGCUGUCCUACAUUGAUCCACGACACCCCCGGCAUUCCCUCCAGGAAGCUGCAACACUCUUCAGUCUGGCAGAUGCCAAUCGUGACGGCAGAUUGUCCAUUGAGGAAGUCCUGGCGCAGGCUUCUGUCUUCCUCGCAUCAAAAAUGAUUAAUACGGCUGAGAAUUUCCAUGAGGAUUUUUGAAGCUCCCAGAGCUUCACUAAGACAUUUCCGUCCUAUUUUCAUUGGUAACAAAAACCUUUCUUUUGGGACCUUGUGUUGGGGCCAGGUAUGUGGAGCAACAAUAUUUCAGAGCGGAAGCUUUUCUCUCAGUGUUUGGAGAACUUUUAGCGGGAGAUUUCAUGUCAUUCCUGGGGGCAUUUGUGCAUACAUUUUGGCGUCUUUGAUGGAAGCUCUUCAUCAGCUUCCUUUUAAUCUCGAGAAGUCCCAUCAAUGGCAAAACUCCAAAUUUCCCUUUAAACAAAAAGGGAUUGGCAGCGUUCGAUGCCAAUAAUUUAUUGAGAGUUCUUGAAGUAGGAAUUAGAACAGGAACUGCAGAAGUCCUUCUUAAGGCAAAAUUGCUGGUAUUAUAAAUUAAUUUCCUUCUGCUUUUGCCACAAUUCUCAUCGGCUCUACAGACGUGUUUUGAAUUCAAUUUUCCAGGAAUUUCCCUCUGUGUGGCUUUGCAAUCGAUUGAGCUUUUGAGUCCUUUGAGAAUACUCGACUAUUUCCUCAAGGGAUUAAAUUGGGAGAAAUUCCUGCUUUUCCCACGAAGAAGCAUUCAGCUUUCUUUUGGAUAUAGCCCCAUGAGGAGUUCAAAGUCGAUAGAAAAGGAUGUUAAAAAUGUGUUGGAUGGGUCAGGAUUUGAAGAGGAUUCAAUGUGAGAGAAUCUAAAACAUUCCCCUAAACGUCUAAUAAAAUAAACUUUGCGCCACGAAAAUUCCUCGUAAGUUCCUUCAGCACUACGGAAUUUUCUUCCUUAAACCUAAAAAUCUCGGAGGAGAAAAUAAAAUUGAAUAUUUCACGAUAAAUCCCAAAUCUCACAGAGAAAUAUCAAAAAGCUCUCAAUGGAAAAUUCUUACUUUGAAAUUCGCUUCGAUCUCUGUGAAAAGCUUCCGUUUUUUUUUCUCUGUGAGGGAUUAUAUUGACUGUAUGCUAUUGAAGUUCAUGGGCUUUGUUGGUUUGAAAUACAAAAAUUCAGUGAGAAUUUCUUUGAGAACUUCUGAAAGGAUUUUUUUUUCUUUCAAAAGAACCCUCACCGCUCUCAAUAUUCCAUUUGAAAAGGAAAAUGAGCUCGAAUGGGAAAAGCAAUAAAAGCUUUAUAGCUUUUAUUGCUUUAUUGGGAUGAAAUAGGAUUAAUACUCACAUUGUACUUUAUUGAAUUUUCCAUACAGACACCGCCUGAUGCCAGUGGGGCGAGCUCGCUCUCUCUGUUGCUGACCCAGUUUGUAGUCACGUCCACUUCCUUGCAAAUCCCUCCUGGUAUCGCAGCUGAUAUUCAAUUUUCUUAAUUAUUUGUCGAGGAUUUGGGGGAUUUUUCGCAGCCUUGAGAGAUCGCUGCGAUAUGUAAGAAUUGUUGUAAGAUGUUUGAGAAGCUAAAAGGAUCGCUUGGAAGGCUUAAAACUAAAGACUUUCGGUUCCUCUCGGAGGCGUUCUUACCUCCUGGGCUCUUUCUCCUUUGCUUUAGUUCUUCACGAUGAGAAUUUUCAAUUUUACGAAGCCAAAAAUGCAACCUCUCUGAAAAGAAGUCCCAUACCGCCCAAUUAAAAUUAAAAUUAAAAUUAUUCAAGGAAAAUUAAUCUUGGCGAAAUUCCAGAAAAAAACCCUUUCAAGGAAUUAUCACAAUUAUUUAGAGAGAUUCUUUGCGAAUCUGUAGAAGCAAAUCAGCUGCAAAAUAGAUCUGUAACAUUUUUAAAAGAUAAAAUAGAAUUUAAAAUAAUAUUUUAAAUAAUCAACUUUUCAAUAUAAAAUAUAAUUCAUAAUUUUGAAGCAAAAAUCCAUGAAAAAUGUUUUUCGGCGUCCUUAAUUUGAAGAUGGCUGCCGUAACGAUCAAUUCGUUUUAUUUUUAAUUGCAUUUAGGACGUGAAAUAUUAGAAGCAAUAGAGAAAAAUUCCUUUUGCCAAUAUUUAAAUUUAUCUAUGAAAAAGGAAAGAAUAUUCUCGGUAAAUUUAUGUUUAAUAAAAAACUAUUAAAAAUUAUGAGACGCCAUUUUGCAUUUGAAAUUUAAGCAAUAAAAUUCAAAUAAUUCCCUUUCUAGUUGUUCAAUUUUUCUCAAUUACGAUGCAACUGAAAGGAAAUUCAAUAAACUAUGAACCACUCGAGUUUCCUUUAAAAAUAUCCUUCUAACAAAAACAAUCAUGGAUUUUUGUUACAAAAUAUAUCGAGAUAUUUGCUUCGAAAAUUGCACUUGAAAAUCUCGAGAGCACGCAAUGAAAAUCCCUGAAAUGAAAUUAAAUUUACAAUUUUCAUACGAAAAAUAAAACUUUUCAUACAAAUAUCGUUACAACAACAAAAAAGUGUUCAAAAAACAAUGUGAAAAAGUAGCAAGAAGAUUAAUAAAGACAUUUGAUGAUUAAAAUAAA